AUGAGCAGAGAGGCCAACGAGGGGAAGUACACGCUCAACUUGAUGCUUUCCCACAUCCUCUUCGCCGCCACUACCGGGUCACUGGGCGGGCCGGGAGGCCCAGACGCGCACGGCAGGCGCCUCCGGCCCUCCAGGGUGACGGACCCCCCGCCAGAGCAGCUGGUCGAGCGGUUGCUCCUGGAGCGCGAGGCCGAUGCGAGGGGUGGCGCGAAGCGCCGGCGCCUGGGGGCGGACGGCUUGGCGGCGGACGUCGGCGGCGAGGACGGGCCACCAGAGGCCGACGCCGAGCUGCUCUCGGGCGACGAGCGCGCCCGCGCGCUGCGCGAGGCGCGCGAGGCCGCGCUGCAGGCCCUGUACCGGGCGGAGCGCGCCGCGGAGCUGCUGCGGAGGACCACGUGGGGAGAGGAGAAGGUCGCAUUCCUCAAGUUGCUUCCGAACAUGCAGGAGCCGCCCCCGCCGGGGUACCGCGCCGCGGCUGCGCGCGCGCUGGAGCCCGCCGCCGCGGCGCACUGUGCGGCGCUCCGCGCCGCGGGCCGCGCGCUGGCAGGGCCCCCGCCGGGCGGCGCGCUGGAGCUCGAGGCCACGCUGCGGUACCUGCAGCCGCGCUGGUUGGUGCACUUUGUGCGGGGCGCGUACGCGGUGGAGCUGUGGAGGGAAGGCGGCAAGGCGGAGCUAGGAGAGCCCGACCAGUGGCCCGCUGGCAAGUUCCUUGCCUACGUGGGCCACCACCCACAGCACGGCCCUGGUGUCCGCUUCCCGCCUGAGUUGUCGGGUGCCGUGGAGGGUCGACGCCGCUUGGCGGUGCAGAUCUCGCCGCUCGGCGGGCGGCCGGCGGCCAGCGCCGCCGCCGCCCGCGGCGGCGAGGCGGCGGCGCCGGCCCGCGGCGCGGCCGAGGCCGAGCCGUGGGAGGCCGCCGCCACGAGGGGCGAGGCCGUGCACGCGGUGCUGUUGGACGCCCAGGAGGCCCUGGUCGACCUGUGCGCCUUCCAGCGUUUCCGGCGCGACCUGCUCGAGGGCGACGCGGUGCGGCGGCACGCCUACCGGUGGCAUUUGUCGCGCGCUUCCACCGCGGAGGUGUCGCUGACGGUGCCCGUCGGGGCGUCCGCGGAGCUGCUGAGCGUGACGGUGCUCGGGGGGCACGGACACAUGCUGGCGGAGCGAGGAGACGGGAUCGAAAGAUCAGUGUAGGCGUCUGAGCCCUCCCCCCGCCUCUCCCUUCCUUCUCUUCCUAGGCCACCC